AUGGCAUUAAAAAGGAUCAAUAAGGUAAGGAUCAAGGGUAUAACAGAGCCGUUUUUUCGAAGGUUUGAAGGUAUUUAGUGAACGGUUUGCUACACGGUAACUCUUGCGACGAAAGCUGUAUGGAUGGGCCGGCCAAGGUGCCAUUUUUUUCGUUGUGGUUGUCAAGAGUAUUUUAGCUCUCUGUAAACUUUGGAUAUCUCUUUAUUAGUUAAUCUUUUAAAUUUUCAAAUUGAUUUUUCAUCUUUAUUUUGAUAUUUCAGGAACUUCAAGAUCUUGGAAGGGAUCCGCCAGCACAGUGUUCAGCCGGACCGGUUGGCGAGGACUGUAAGCGAAAUAUGAAUAUGUUGUAUUUGAUUGAGUUCAAAGAAAACCUUUUGUAGUCAAACUAAUCUUGCCUUUACAUGUAACUUUGCUCAUUAGUUUUGAUGUUUAAAUAUGACUGUUUUAUCCAGACUGAUUAUUUGUAUGCUCUGCUCAUAAAAAUGCCUUUUCUUUUUCUCCUUUGACAUCGCGUGUACUUUGAAGUAUUUCAUUGGCAAGCGACUAUCAUGGGGCCGGUAAGGAAUGCUUACUUGUUUUAAAACUGAAAAUUCACAGAAACAUUCUUAAUAAAUUGUUUCAUAAUGCUAUUGCACAAAGUUGGUGUUAAUUUCUGUGUUUCGUUGUUUCCUCGCGAACAGCCCGACAGCCCUUACCAAGGUGGUGUAUUCUUCCUUACGAUACACUUUCCAACAGAUUAUCCAUUCAAACCUCCAAAGGUAGGCGCCUAAAAUAUUAGUUUAGACUAACAUUUAUGCUGUUAAGAUUAUUCUGUAACCUCUGUUGUGUUGUGGGCAAAGUACAGCAGAGUAUAAGAGGUGUAAAAAGUAGUGAAUCUAUCACGUACGUGAACUUCUACUCUGUGUUUCAGCCUACUGUUCUUCCGGUUUCCACUUAACUGCGAUCGAUCCUUUGCUUUGUGUUUGUCUCAUUCAACUCCAUAAAUGUGAAAAAAGUGCUUUGAUAAGCAUAACUGCUUCUGCAUUUUGUGUAGCAGUCGGUAAGUGUCAAACGUUCGUUUUGUUUCAACGUGAGACACGUUUCAAAGACUGUACUUACUAGUUUUCGUAAUGUACACAUUUCGUGGUCCCCUCAGGAAUAUAGCCAGUAUUGAUUUGCUUUUUGUUGAUUAGUGAGCUGGCCUUCCUUAUUAUAAUCGACGCAAACCGUUUAUACUAAGGUUUCAAAAUGUUAUAAUGAAAUGAUCAUACACCAGUGGUAUCAUCAGUGAUAUUGCUCAAUCGAUCUUUUCAAGGCUAGUUUUCUAACUGACUUUUGCAUAGACACAACACGGCGAAACGUAAAAAGUUGUCGAAGCCAUUGUGGUGAAGUAAUGUCCUCUAUAAAAUAAAGGAAUUGUACAAUGUUAUCAGAUGUUUGAUGUCAGCUUUGCUGUUGCAUAAGUUGUAAUUUUUACUUAGAAAAUUUGCUCUGCCAUCUCGAUUAGUAUUCUAUCACUGAAUUGAGUAAUUUAUUGAAAUUUUCUUGGACAUGCUGUCUAUGAUUUGCAUUCAUUGGCAUUCAUGUACCAUGUUAAGCAUUGUUGGUUUGGUAGUUCAAAAAGGGAAUAUACAACUUUUUUUGCUCUGCCAUUGCAAAACAAGUCGCUCAAAUAAAGACAUCGUCUUGUGUAACACCCCCUGAAGUGUGUCUCCCAAUGCUCAUGUUGCAUUAAUCUUUAUGUGACACAAAAGUAUUGCAAACCAUGUUCAUGCCAGGAGGUGAUGCACUGGGCAAUUUUACUUGGAACUUGUGUCACAAUCAAAUGGUGAGACAAGUAACAGUAGAAUAAUGGCCCACAUUGUAGUGUGACAGGAACUAAAAGCUAAAAGUGCUAUUGGUUUUAUUAAUGCUUAUCCAGUGCAAAGUAUAAAGAGGCUUUUUUUUACCAUAAUACUGUUUGUUUUCCUUCAAAAAUUUUGUAUAAUUAUUUUCAAUUUUUCUUGGAACUUGCAAUCGCCCCUAAGAGAAAUUGUACGAGUAAUUAUGCAAAAUUUUGAAAUGAAAACAAAGGGUAUUAUGGUAUUUUUGUAAAACGUUACCCUUCGGGUAAGCAAGUCUUCAGUUUUACUUGCCUGGUUCAUUUUCUUGCUUUCCUACUACGUUGAUUGAGGAUUCCUCUGAUCAGCUUUUGUCAAGACCACGACCAAUUUUGUCACAGUCACAGCUACUAUUUUUGGUGAAGUUUGAAAGGAAAAUAUUGCAUUAAAAUUGGAGAAACUGACUGACAAUACAUAGGCUUAAUGUACUGCAGCGUGAAAAAAAUACGACGAGUUUAUAAACCACGUGGACCAUGCAAUAAUAUGACCUGGGAAGAAUUUGAUCAGUUCUCACCAGUUUAUGAGUUCCUCUGCCCUUUUUCUACCUUUCCAAGACAAAAAUGAUCUUCAUUUCAUCAACACUUGACUGAGUAAUGGAAAAGUUUUCUUUGAAAUACUUAGAAAUGAUUGUCUGGAUGUUUAUGAUCAGUAGCUCUUAGCACCCAGGUAUUCCAACAUUAACACUUUCGAGUCCACUCCACUGACUUUCAGGAAGAAACCCUUGUCACGAAUUAUUAAGUAAAAUUGAGUCACUGAAUAGAACUUAAGUUGCAUGUGCCUUUUUUCCAUGUAGUUUACUGGUAAUUUCUGCAUUGUACACUUACAGUGCGUGUAUGUAGUGGAAUAUUUUUAAAAAUUGAUGGAAAUACCUUGCUUUCGAUUGCUUCUUAGAGUAACGCACCUUUGGCAGUCAUCAUCACCUUUACUUUCAUUUCAGUCGAAGUUGCAGGCACUUAUAUUGCAAACAGAAACGGUCGGUUAUUUAAAAGAAGUCUAACUUAGACCACUGUUUAAGAAAUCUUUGGACUUCUGGAUCUCUUCUUUAGCAGGGCUCGAAAUUGCGACUGAUCAGUCGCCAAUGCGACUAACAUUUUCUCCUUGACGACUAAAAAUUCUAGUUUAGUCGCCAAAGUGGCGACCAGAUCUCAUGUUAUCCUGCUUUGCUUUUUCAUCAUAAAAAAUGUGCCAAAUCGCAUAAACAAAGCCAGUUUACCUCCAAAUUUAUACCGACUUCUAUCCACGAUAUUUUCAAAUCUGAUGGAUCGCACGAUACUGUGCAGGGCUUCUGAUAGGUCGCGGAAAAAAAGUCAAAUUUCGCGGGAUUUCAGGGGCAAAUUCACAGAAAAAUCGACCGAUUUCGCAGGAAUUUUCGGGGCAAACUUAGCCGAAAAUCAGUUGGUCAAAAAAGGCCGAUUUUGUGGUUAUUUUCAGGGAAAACUUCGUUUGAGAUCUAUCGGUUUUGUGCUGACCAGACCAGUGUUUGUAAUAUUUUUCUAUAGAGGUCAUCAUUUGCUCUUUCAUCAACAAUACGCUCUAGAACUGAACCAAUAGCAAAGCCUUUAACAUCAUGGCUAGUGCCCAGUUUUUCGCAACAUAAUCUACGCCUAGUAGUUUCGGAGUUUCGGGACGUUUGCACGUUUCAGUGACGAAGUUUCAAAACAAAUUUACAAGUUUACGGCAAGUAAAUAACCCCAAUAGCUGAGAAAAGUUUCAAAUAUGUUGUACAGACAUGUAUUUGAUAAGAUUUCUAGCAAAUUUCGCAGUAUUUUGCGUGUUUUUGUGAUUUUCGCGGCCUUGCGACGGCGUCAAAUAUCAGAAGCCCAGACUAUGAGCAGCGUCAUUUACAUUAUACAAACUGGCGACUAAAAAUUUGCAUCUGGCGACUAUAUUUCUCUAGUUGGUCGCCAAAAGGUGACCUGAGAAUUUUUUUGAAUUUUGAGGCCUGUUUAGUGGGUCAAUUUAAGAAGUUAGAUGCUUUUCUAGUCUACACCAUAUGCUUUAAUGCAACUGUUCACAAUAAAUGGUGCUUAGAUGAAAGAGUUAGGCAAAGAGCCAAACUGAAAAUGACUUAGAGCGCGUUUGUUUAAACCCUUGUUAAACUCCGUUUAAAUAACCAGCCCAAAAUGUUUUGUUCAUUCUAGGAACAAUGGCACAAAAAUGAAGUAAUUUCUUUUUCACAAGCUUUCUUGAACCCAUUAAAGGUGGCAGCUUGUCCUUUCCCUUGCCUGUUGGACAAGCUAGCCAGGAAAGUAACUUGCCUAAGGCCAAAAACUACUUGUCCUGAAAUUGGGGAAAUUCCUCUCAUAUAAAGGUUCAACCAAGCUUAAAAGUGGAGCUUCUUUUGAAUACUAACCAUUCAUUGAAAGCAAUAAACUUGAUAGAGUGAUUUUCGUAUGACCUUAAAAUGAAAAUGCGCAAAAACAAAACACAAACAACAAAUGAAUGGAAAUAGAGCGAUUUGAUUCGUUUAUUGAACAGGUCAAACGCGCGUGGCUUUUGGUUGGUUAAGCGAACGCUCGGGUGAAAAAACUUCAUGCCCGAGAACUUUCUAGAAAACAAUCAAUACUUCGCUUUGAGAUCAUACUGCAACACGAUUGGCCAAUUGAACAAUUCCUUCUCCAUAUUAGGGUUUUCUUUGGCAGGAAAAUGAAGAGUCCAUGUUUUAAUCUUUUCAUCCAUUGGCUGAUAAAACAAAUAACCAACACUUACAGGAGCUAUUUUUCAAGGUCAUAUGAUAAUCGCUGAUAACAAUAAAUGCAUGUAGAAAUGCACCAGUCUUAUUGUUUCAUGGCAUCCUACUGAAGAAUGGUUAUGAUGUUUGCCGUCUGUUCCCUUGCUAAUGUACUUAUACCCUUGUACCCUUGCUGUCUCAUUGACAGAAAUUCCAUACUGAUGAUGUAAAUCAAUGUUUACGUAAUUAAUCUGUUAGUCAUUGGAUUCCAGAUGCAAAUUUGUUCAAUGUUAUGUUUCUGCUGGUCGAUUUUGGUAAAGUUUUGUGUUCAUCUGCGAACGAGCUCCAGCAAAGCUCAAAUGCUUCUUCUAGAGGGAAAUAUAGUCCACAAAUAUCAACUGUUUUGUUAUUAUUAGAUUCAUUGCGUUUACAUUUGACCUUUGUGGCCUCAUCUUUUGUCUGUCAUUCGUAAACUAUGGCUAAAAUAAUAUAACUACUACGUCAACCAAUCAGAGCUCCUGACCAGAUUCCAGACAUUACGUCAUCAGUAUGGAAUUUCUGUCGCUGAGACGUAGACAUCUCUACUGGUGAAAAAUCCCAAGUGUUGAGGAGCGAGGACACUCCAUGACAUGUUUUAGCUAAUAGGGUGAUCAAAGAAGAAUGCAAAUUUAUUAAAUAAAUCUUAGUUCUUGAAAACUGUUAUUUGUCCUUAAAAAAUCCUUGAAAUUUGUUUGUCUAAAGUUGUACAUGUAUGAACCAUACAUUGUUAACUUUGUUCAGUCACUUCUUCCUGUGAGGCCUUGUUACAGCUGUAAGGCACCUCUUUGGUCUGAAGUCGAUUUCCUCAGGAUUUUUGUUGAUACAGCUUGAAAGAAUGAGGUCAUUGACCAGCAUUCUUUAGCUCAUAAGGUGUCCGAGGCAGUGCUUAAUUGUGGGAGACAAGAGGAGACAGCAAUCCUAAUCCUAGCCAGCAAUUGUUUGAACUUCCAAGAAUGAACAGAAUGCACAGAAUGCAGUUUGAUCAUUCAAUCACUCAUAAUCUGAUCAGCCUUGUUUUGACUAUCUGUCACGUUAAACAUAUGCAAAGUGCAGCAAUGGAGAAAAGCGUUUUGACCUUCGAUCAUUGUCGCCUGCACUCCAUAACCUUUGGUUAUUACUAGUACUGUAAAGUUUUAGAAAUUUUCCUUUUGUAUAGAGUAGUCUUGAGUGAAAAUGAUAUUUGAAAUGAUUUGUGUUAUUUCUUCCUUAAUUUUAGGUUUCAUUUACUACCAAAAUAUAUCAUCCUAACAUAAACAGUAAUGGAAGUAUUUGUCUUGACAUUCUGCGAUCACAGUGGAGUCCUGCACUAACAAUUUCUAAAGGUAUGUUACACAUUUACCCUUAUUAGGGCUGCAAUGGUACAUUUUCCCAUGGUACACAUACAAAUUGCACUCUAAGGGCCAGGAUACAGUAUAUGAGGAAAUAUAGCCUGCAUGGCUGGCAGUUUUUUGUAAGUAAGAGAUUCAGCAAUGCGAAAGCUGAAACGAGGACGAAAAAAAAAAAACGAUUGAGGAGGAUGUGAGGGGAGAAGGCAGUGAAAUAUUAAGCUAGUGUCCCUUUCCUUUUCCGGGUCAAAAUAAUCGGACAAAUUUAACUUUUUGUUUUAAAAUAGAUAUUUUCUUAUUCCUUUUCAUUCAAAUUGCCUGUUAAACAACAUUUAAGUGUUUUUUUUUCUUUUGAAACCUGGUAAACAAUGUAAAUUAACCCUGGUAAAAAAUGUAAAUUAAUCGCAUAAUUUAUCACAUAAUAGUUCUAUCUUAUCACACAAUCUACCCUAAAAAUAUCGCACAAUUUCUGAUUUUUUAUCACACUCUAUCAGAUGGCCUGUACAACUGACAUAUAAGUGAGCACGAAUUGUUUGACACCUUGUUCUUAACCUUGAAAGUUGAGAAGCGUGUGAAAGAGGGAUGGUUUGCUUUUUUUAUUUGUUUUCACCACAAGUGGCCUUAGAAGGGCUAAAAUCAAAGGUUUUGUAGGGAAUAGUUGAGACAGUGAUUUCACAAACUCAUCAAUGAAGCAUUUUCAUUCUAUACACUGUAAUAUUGACAUUUGCUUUAUCUGUUUUAAGCCACAUUGAAAAUCUGUUUUGUGGGUUUUACUCUUAAAUAUGGCUGUUUUUCGGCUUUAGUGUCCUGUUGGGGCGAUAGCUUUUCCUUUUAAGAAUGUUCUGUUUUUGGUUUAUGAUAAGAAAAGUAGUUUUUCAGUUUCUGUUGUUUGCUUACAAGUUCUGCUGUUUGGUUUGUUUAAACAUUGGUUACAAGGACAGAUACUCCUGUUGUUGGCCAGCAUGAUUCACAUUUUUACGGUGCAACAAACUCAACCAGGGCCACCGUUAACACCAAUUUAAGAAUUGUUCUGAUUCUUGAAUGCCAUUCAUUCUUAAAUAAACCAGUAAUGUCAUGCCAGAUUGUUAGGAAUGUGACCUGUGAUUUGCUUAGUAAUAUUGGGUGGCACUGCUUGAGUUUGGUGCACUGUAUGGAAGUCUCUAUCACGAGCCAUAUAACAACAACAACAACAAUAACAACAAGCUUUACUUGCAUGACUAUAAUAGAUAAAGACAAAAGCUAUUUAUGCUAUCCUUGUGAUUUCACAAACAAGUGCUCCACUAUGUUGCAGUGAAACCUGGUUAAAUGUAUAAUGAAGAGCCAAGGGACUGACAAAAUUUGUUUGCUAAAAGAAGGUUUUGCUAUAUCAAGGUUUUUUCUAUAUAUCUUACUAUUACUGGGGUAAAGAGAAUUGUUAUACCGAGGACUUCAUUAUUUAGAAGUUCCAUCGUACUAGAAAAGUAUAAUGUUAUUUUUUCCUUUUCUCGUUUAGUUCUUUUGUCAAUAUGUUCAUUGCUUACUGAUCCAAAUCCUGAUGAUCCAUUGGUGCCAGACAUAGCACGCAUUUAUAAGACAGACAGGGACAAAUAUGGGGAGACAGCAAAGGAAUGGACCCGGAAAUAUGCCAUGUGAACAUCUAAGGACUAAAACUGAUAUUUUUUCUUUGGCAAGGCUCUGUGAAGUCUUGCAACUCUUUAAGACUAUGUAAAAGGUAAUUUCCAGUGUUGUCAUUCUGUAAGGUUAAGUUCCUUUUAUGUGCUGUGAUUGAGUGGUUAUACUUGUUGUUAACAUCUGCCUUAAUGAAGAUUUGAAAGAGCACUUAUUGUACUGAAUGUAUAGUUAGCUGUUUUUCCUCUUUUGUUGUAAAAGUGCCUGAAAUCCAAUUCAGAUCUUGAUUAAUGUAGGCCUAAAUGAUUGCUCUUAAUGUGCUGUCGUGUUAAUGAUUGUUUUUACUUUUGUGUUGUUGUAUAUAUACAUAUAAAUGCAGUUGCUGGUAAAUAUGUCAUCACUUUCAAUCUCUUCUUCAACAUGCAAAUUCUCCUUAAAUCACUUCUUUUGAGAGUGUUGUUUGCCAGUUGUUUAAAAUAAUUUUCAAGUAUACAUUUGUAUAUCACAAGCACUUGUUUCGUUGAUAGCAUUAGUCAAAUAAUUAGAUCAAUAUUUAAGGAGAGUUUAGAUGUUGUCAUCAUAUGAAGGUUGUAAUUGCUUAAACCUACUUUUUUACUAUCACAGUUUUGUAUCAGUUAUGCGGUUUGCAUGUUGUCCAACAGAGACAUGACUAAUGUCUAAAGAGGCAGUGGUGUAGUUUGUUACUGGCAGUUGAUGGGUGAAAUACCAUCCCUAAGAAAACCCUCGCUGUUCAUAAUGUUUAACUGUAAUAAUACUGAAGAUUCCUGCAAGUGCAAUACAUAAGUAUUGAGCAAUUACUAAAUUGUCUUUUUGUCGUGUGGAAAUACAUUUGUAUUGUAUAAACAGAUAAUUUAGCAAUUGACUUUGCAGCCUUAGAUUUUGCUUCCUUUGUACUGUACUGGGUAAGGGCUUGUGGCUACCUAGCCUGCGUAGCUAGCAGGAUUAGCAGGAAAGUGCUGUAGUUUUUUGGUGGUAGCGCCAUGUGAAGAUUGGGAGCAAGUUGGUUAGCUCUGCAGCCAAGAAAACACCUUGGGCACACAAUCCCCCCAGCUAUGCAGGCUAGUGGCUACCUUCUGAUCCCUCUGGCAUAAGUGCUAGUAAUAUAGUUACUUUUACCAUCUAAGAGAAAUACCACGUGCCCGGCUUAAAGAGAAAAACGGUGUUAUGAAGUUAGCUACAUCAUGUGGUGUCGAGUAAGAAAAUAAAAGAAAUCUGUGAGGAUAGGAAACUUAUUAAGUUCCAACUUGUUGGUUUAAGCAUUAAAUUAUGUAUUCUUUUACACAGC